AGAUCUGAUUCUGUGUAGAAGCAACCUAACCUCAAAAACUAUAAACAUUGCUGUAUAUUCAUUGCUCAUAACGUAUAAUUUAAUUCAGUUCUAUUUUUCAUAAUUUUCUUCAUAUUCACAAAAUUCAAAAUAUUUGAGGUUUUGUAUUCUAUUCCAGUGGUAAUACUGUCGUCGAUAAAUUUAAAUUGGACUUUAAAGACAAGAUUAAAUAAUAAAUCAAUAUUACAAAAAUGGCAUCAGCUAUGGAUAUUGACGAUGAAGAAGUAGAUUUACCUUCAUCUAGCAGUGGAAAAGGAGAAAAGAAACGCUUUGAAGUUAAAAAGUGGAAUGCAGUCGCACUCUGGGCUUGGGAUAUCGUUGUCGAUAACUGCGCAAUUUGUCGAAAUCACAUAAUGGAUCUUUGCAUUGAAUGCCAAGCAAAUCAAGCUUCUGCUACCAGCGAAGAGUGUACAGUUGCUUGGGGAGUUUGCAAUCAUGCAUUCCACUUUCAUUGUAUUUCCCGUUGGCUGAAGACUCGUCAAGUUUGUCCACUUGAUAAUCGUGAGUGGGAAUUCCAAAAAUAUGGACACUAGUCAAAGGAACUUCAAACUUCUUGGACAACUGGGAUGAGAAGAACUUAAAAUGUUUGCUCAUCUUAAUGUGUAAUGAAAAGUUUAAUUUCUCUUUUUUUAAACUGAAUUCUAAAAUACAUUUGUAAAGACUUUUGCUCUUUGAAAAUUUAAUAUUUUUGCUUCAAAUAAUUCUCUUUGUUGACUCAUUUGUUUUUAGAAAAAAGUAACUCAUAUGAGAAAAUAAUUGUGGACGAUAAUUUAUGUUUGUUUACGUGUAUGUAUUAUGUAAGGAAAAUAAUUUAUCGAAUAGAAAGAAAAUUGAGUCUAAAGAGAAAAUAAAAUGCAAUACUUGCAACGUUAUGGAAA